GCGGUUUCAGGUCCAUUGACUCUAAACUUGAAAAGAGGGUCUAAGCUGGGCGGAUUCACACCAUUCGCACGUUCGGCUGUCGACCAAAGGGGAGGGCGUUGCCGUGAUUUCGUCUUGUACUGGUGGAAAAAUCAUAUUACUGAAACAAUUCUGAACUUGCGAAGAACCAAGGGAGGUUGAUUAGUUCUUUCUCGUAAGAAAGUUAAUAACGGAAAUCUUCCGCCAUGACGUCUUCCACGCAAAUUGCCAUUGUCGUACUUAUCUUAUCUGCCCUUGCGUCAACUGGGUUUUGCCAAGACUGCGAUCCCAAUCCGUGUGCAAACGGUGGCACGUGUCUGGAAGGGCCUUCGGGAUACAUCUGUCAAUGCCCGCUGACCGGGACAACAACGGUCUAUACUGGUCAAAACUGUGACACAACACGCUUUGUGAGUGCUGAAAGUGUGGGAUGCAGCAUGAAUUUUUACAACAGCGAAGGAAAUGUCACAACUCCGAAUUAUCCUGAUCCGUACUCCAGGAACUUGAAUUGCUACUUUCAUAUCAAAGUUGAAACUGCAAGUUCGAUCACGCUCAUAGUAGAGGAAUGCUAUUUAGAGGAUGACAACAAGGACGAGAUCUACAUCGCAGAAGGUCCAAUAGUGGGAACAGAUGCUCCCGACUACGAUGUAUUACUCAAUUCAAACAUCACUGCUAGUAACACAAUCCUGGCAGCCAGGACAUACACAUAUACCGGCUCUCAAGCCACAAUCUACCUCGAUACGGACAAAACCGUCCAUUAUCGUGGUUGCCGAAUUUCUUACAGUGCUGAUACUGACGAAUGUAAUUCUAACCCUUGUCAGAACGGAGGCACUUGUACGGAUGGCGAUAACUCAUACACAUGUGACUGUGUAGCCGGAUAUGAUGGCGAUAAUUGUCAAAAUGAUAUCGAUGAAUGCGCGCCGACGCCUUGUCUGAACGGAGGCACUUGUAUGGAUGGAAUUAACAUGUACACAUGUACUUGUGCCGCUGGAUUCACAGACCCAAACUGUUUCACAAAUAUCGAUGAAUGCGCGCCGACGCCUUGUCUGAACGGAGGCACUUGUAUGGAUGGAAUUAACAUGUACACAUGUACUUGUGCCGCUGGAUUCACAGACCCAAACUGUUUCACAAAUAUCGAUGAAUGCGCGUCGACGCCUUGUCUGAACGGAGGCACUUGUAUGGAUGGAAUUAACAUGUACACAUGUACUUGUGCCGCUGGAUUCACAGACCCAAACUGUUUCACAAAUAUCGAUGAAUGCGCGCCGACGCCAUGUCAGAACGGAGGCAUUUGUACGGAUGGAAUAAACAUGUACACAUGUACUUGUGCCAGUGGAUUCACAGGCCCAAACUGUAUGACAGCAUUGAACGAGUGUUCAAGUAUGCCAUGUCAAAAUGGCGGUACUUGCGUGGAUGGAGACAAUGAAUACGUCUGUACCUGUUCGGGUACAGGGUACACGGGAACGAACUGCGAUAUAAAUAUUGAUGAAUGCGCCUCUAACCCGUGUCUGAAUGGUGGUACAUGUAAUGAUGGAAUCAAUUCUUACACGUGUAACUGUGAGCCUGGAUACACUGGCGUCACUUGCGGAAUCAAUAUCGAUGAAUGCGCGCCGACGCCUUGUCUGAACGGAGGCACUUGUAUGGAUGGAAUUAACAUGUACACAUGUACUUGUGCCGCUGGAUUCACAGACCCAAACUGUUUCACAAAUAUCGAUGAAUGCGCGUCGACGCCUUGUCUGAACGGAGGCACUUGUAUGGAUGGAAUUAACAUGUACACAUGUACUUGUGCCGCUGGAUUCACAGACCCAAACUGUUUCACAAAUAUCGAUGAAUGCGCGCCGACGCCAUGUCAGAACGGAGGCAUUUGUACGGAUGGAAUAAACAUGUACACAUGUACUUGUGCCAGUGGAUUCACAGGCCCAAACUGUAUGACAGCAUUGAACGAGUGUUCAAGUAUGCCAUGUCAAAAUGGCGGUACUUGCGUGGAUGGAGACAAUGAAUACGUCUGUACCUGUUCGGGGACAGGGUACACGGGAACGAACUGCGAUAUAAAUAUCAACGAAUGUGAAAGCUUUCCCUGUCAGAACGGAGGUACUUGCAUGGAUGCAAUCAACAGUUACUCGUGUUCUUGCGUUGCUGGAUACGAGGGUCCUACAUGUGGCAUCAAUAUUGACGAAUGUGCUUCCGGUCCUUGUCAAAAUGGAGGGACUUGUAUUGACCAGAUUAAUAUGUACACAUGCAAUUGUGUGGCAGGAUACACAGACACUAACUGUGGAACGGAUAUCAAUGAGUGCUUGAGCAAUCCGUGCCAAAACGGUGCCACCUGUAACGAUAUGGUCAAUGCCUACUCGUGCAUGUGUCCUGCAGAUUACACUGGCGUGAACUGUCAAGAUAGUCUUGACGCCUGUGCCAGCGAUCCCUGUCUAAACGGAUCGACUUGUACUAACGUAGGGGCAGGCUUCGAAUGCGAUUGUCUACCAGGAUUUUUUGGAACACUAUGUGAUUUGGAUAUCAACGAGUGUGCUACCUUUCCCUGUCAGAAUGGAGGUACCUGUAUCAAUGAAGUAGCGGGACACUCAUGCGUGUGUCAAUAUGGAUACACAGGAGCAUCAUGCGAAGAAUAUACACUGUGCGAUCUUGAGGGGGUAUGGUACAAUAGCCGCAAUGACGAAUUCACCCUUCAAAAGACCACAACAGGUGUCCUCUUUGGAACCUACCGUACACGAAGCCACAUACUUGCUGGAGUGACAGACAAUAGCUUUGCCUUUGGGUAUUCGGUGUUGACUGGGGCUUAUCCCAUUCCGACCUUCGGUCUUACUCUGGUCCGAGACUCUGGCAGAUCCACUACCUGCUGGACUGGACAGUGUCAGGUCUGCGAUGGGCAAGAGAUCCUCUAUUCGACUUGGAUCAACACACAAGCCGUUAGUACAUGCGACGAAAUUAAUCUAGCAACCAGAAUCGGCCAAGAUGAAUGGACUCGCUACCAGCAGCGUCAAGCACCUCAGGCUGCAGCACCCUAGAUAUUGAGAGGGCGCAAAUAAAAAGAAAACUUUCUUUUAUUUAGGCUAGUAUCAUGAGAGGAAAGGGUAAAAGUGAAACGGCAUGUAUCAACUGAAAAUGCUUACAAACAUGAUACUAAAGACAUUUAUAAAUCGACCGGUAUAUGGAUAAUAUUUGAGACUGACGUUAUGAUAUAAAUACUAAGAUUCUAUAUUUUGAUAGUUUUAUAUUACGUACGUAUCGUUAUACAGAGGUGUUUCGUAUUGUAAUUUAAUCUGGUGAUGCUUUUUUUUCAACGGGAAAGGGAAAUUGGUGAGAUCUGUAUUUUGCUUAUUAUCUGUCUAGAGUUAUUGUAUAUAAAUGAACGUUACCACAUAAGAGGACUUGAUUUUUUUUUUCUCUUUCCAAAAUGUUUCAUUACCAAAUAGAUUACUUCACAUCGUAUUUAGAAUAUUAUGAUUUAAGGGAGAUUGUUAUUUUGGAAAAGUAGCCACUUCUUGGCAACGCUUCCGUGCAUUUAACUUCAAAGCAAUUGUAUGUCUCGUGUAAGUCUUUCGAAAUCUCGCAUAUUGUAAUAGUUGUCACUCUCACCAUGUAACUUCCUAGAUUUUAACAGGUUAUUAGUGUAUAUCUAUGUGUGCUUACGAUAUUGUGAAAUGGUAUGCAUACUUUUAGAAAUUAGAUAAUAGAUAAAAAAAGUGAGGAUAUUUAUCUCAUACGAUUAUAAUCAAUGAAUUACAUGUACCAUUAUGAUAAUAAUUUUCAAUGCAACAUGUGUGACCAUAAUGAACAAGAAUCUUGCUAGCAUUAAUAGAUCAUGGAUCUAAUACAACUACUGCAAGCCCGGAGGGGGGGGGUGUCAAAUAUAUUACUGUACAAAACGUGUGUGGUGUUUUCAAGUUUUGGACGCGGGCCACGCGUGCACUCGUUAAUGGUAUCAAAAACACCGAUUUUUUUUUAAAUUUGUGGUUUUGAAAGACUUAAUAUAGUGACUGUAUGAAUAAUGUGCUUCGCACUGUUUUUAGAAAAAAAAACAAUAAUUUCACAGCGUGGACACCCGAUGGUGUGUUCAUACAGACGACGAUUUGAAAAUGUGGCUCACACUGGUAAGUUGCUCAAAUCUAACAGUGUGAAUGUGAUUUCAUUGACUUUAGUUCAUGAAUAGAUAUUGUGUUGUAAGAAUGUACAUUUAAGGAAGCAUUGACUUCAUAUAAGUAUAUGUCUAUCCUGCAUUAUCUGUAAUUUAGAAUGUAAAAUAAAAAAGUAGCCUACAUUUUAGAUUUUCAAUUUUAAUGUGAUAUAUUGUUAUAGGGAAUCUUAUAACAGUGGUAUACAAGCCGA